CCGGCAAUUUCGCGUAAAGUGAAAGCCUGCGCAGCAUGUCGAAAACAGAAGAUCAGAUGCAUCAUGGAUGAGAACGCCGGACCGCCAUGCAAGCGUUGCGCUGAACGGAACUUAUCCUGCGUUCUGAACAAAAGUCUGCAGACGUUGAUCGACGAGCGGUCACAAUGGAAGCACGAAGUCGUUGGUGACCUUGGCCUGAUGCAUUCGUCCUUGCAACAAGUCCUCAGCAAGCUAUCACUCCCUGCAUUGCCACCUCUCAAAGCCAGUACUGCCGAUGACUUGGACUCGAUUCAACAGUACGAUGCUGCGGGUCGAGAAGAAGAGGUUCCCUCAUGCGACAACUCACCCAGGUUGUCUCCAAAAGGGGACGCUUUGCCACAUGCACCCAUUGAGUCUCUCUACCAGCUCACUCGUCUCCGAGCACUUCGAUCAGAUGAUCCAACCGAAGAGCGCAAGCCCACAGCAGACUUUGCAGCGAAUCAUCCUGUCAAUGACUUCAUCUCUCGAGGCAUUGUGAACAUCGAGGACGCCGAGCGUCUCUUCAGCUUCUUCCUAAACCGCAUCGAUCACUUUAUGUACAGGAUUGGGAGCCACAAAUAUCGAGAUCUGGACAGUCUACGCCGUGGCUCCACCGUCCUUACUGUCACCAUCUGCACUGUUGCAGCGCUGCACGAUCCGCAAAGCAAUCAUCUCUACAAAUCCUGCAGUCGAGAGUUUCGCCGCUUGAUGUCAGCAUCUAUGUUUGACCGCCGAAUUGAUCGUGAUCGUAUGCGGGCCCUAUGUGUGGCAUCAUAUUGGCUCCACGAUCUCUCUUGGACGAUUAGUGGAUACGCCAUUCGACGAGCCAUGGAGAUCAACUUGAGCAGCAGCUACCAACGUGUGCUUGCAACUGGCGACGAGGAUUCUAUGGAGUGCAUCCGAUUGUGGUAUGUCCUUUACAUCUGUGACCGACAUUUGUCGAUCCUCUACGGUCGGCCAUCGAUCGUUAAAGAUGACAUCUCCAUCUCAGGUUGGGAAGCGCUCAUGCGGACCUCAGCAUUCACUGAGGCUGAUAAACGACUGGUGAGCCAGAUGGCCCUAUUGAUCAUUAUGGGCAACGCAAGGGAGCUCUUUGGGCCCGACACCGGAGAACCGAUACCCAAAGCUUUUGCACCACAGUUAACGAGUUUUAGCCGCCAAAUAGAUCAUUGGAUGGGCUUUUGGUCUACCGAACUUCUGAAAAUUCAUCAAUUCAUUGGCGGCUUCCCAACAAAGGGCGUAAUUAUACAUCACCACCUUGCAAAACUCCAUCUCCACUCCCAUGUCUUUCGAGGCCUCCGGGGUGCUCCUGUACCGCCACACUUUCGGGAGAGCGCAGUCGCUGCUGUGACGGCUGCCACAGACACAAUCGAAAUGGUACUGACCGACUACGACAUUCAAGAAGGGCUCGUCGGCAUACCGCACUACAUUCACUCUAUGGUUGCGUUUGCGUGCGCUUUCCUGUUGAACAUCGCUUCGCAAUACAGCGGACAGUAUAUUGCUGACACUGCAGUCUUUCACUUGACGACGAAAGCUGUGCAGCAAUUCCGAUUGACUCCUGUUGGCAAGUGGCAUCUGGUCCAUCUGAUGGCUGAAGGUUUGGAGAAGAUGAUCGCUAAAAAGGGCGGUAGCCCAGCUGUAAGGAUGCUUCCCAGUCUUCCGAAUGAAGCGAGCCAAUCUGGCGCGCCUAAUGGAUCAGAGCUGAAUACUCCGCUGACCGGAGGCUCUUACGGCGACAACUUCUUCAGCGGUUUCGAUUAUGCAUACAACUUGGGGACCUCCUCGUUCCUGAACU